AUGGAAGGAAGAGCCUACCUGGCCAGGCAUAUCAUUUUGUAUGUUGGACCCGGGCCUGAACCAUCGGACGAGGUGGAAUCGCUACCCGAGGCAGAAGGCAACGACGAACACCGACGGCGGCUGAUAGCCAUCCAAAGCCGUCCGCCGUCAUUGUCGGUCGACGUGCAAAGGGAACAUCAUCUUAUUCGAGCUUCCGAUGGAAUAAGAUGGACGGAGCUGAGCAUGCACCAGAAGGUCGACACCGAACGUUUCUCGCCUUUCGACCUUGACCCGUCGAGCCUACUCCCUCGUGUCGACACACGCUGUGCACGAAAAAUGCAACAGAAAGGACGUGGAGCUGUAGAAGCGUGCACUGUCCGUGGCUUGGCAUGCGCAGUGGUCGCGCUGCAUGAAGAUCCGACCGAGGCAAACCCAAAGUCGAAAUUUGAAACUUGA